ACCGCACGGCCCGCACCUCACCCCUAUAAACACCUCAGGGAGCGCACAUCACAGCCACACUUCGGACCUCAACAAAGAGAAUUCAAGAGAAUUCAACUACGAUGGAUUCGAGGAAAACAAGCAACGCCUCUGCGUCUAUAGAUAGCGCCCAUGAUGACGACACUUCCAUCUCCCGGAGCGACACAAGCGUUGAAGAGGAGACCCAGGUUGACGGCCCAUCCGGCGCUCUGGACGAUCAGGACCUGGAACCACUUCCCGCGGUUCUGGGUGUGGAUACUGACGCGACUGCCAGCGCCGAAGAGCCGAUCAAGCGGUCAGCGGGGAAGCACUUCCCCUCGCCGUCACCAGGGGGCGACGAUAGCGCCCAUGAUGACGACGUUUCUAUCUCCCGGAGCGACACAAGCGUUGAAGAGGAGACCCAGGUUGACGGCCCAUCCUGCGCUCUGGACCUGGAACCACUGGCCGCGGUUCAGCUACCCUUACAAAAUAGCGCCCAUGAUGACGACACUUCAAGCGGACGGAGCAUUGAAGAGGAGACCCAGGUUGACGGCCCAUCCCGCGCUCUGGAACAUCUGGACCUAGAAACACUGGGCGAGUGUCUGAAAGUGGAACAGGACUCCUCUGCCAGCGCCGAAGACCUCAUCAAGCGGUCAGCGGUGAAGCACUUCCCCUCGCCGCCCCCAGGGGGCGACGGUGUGUUAACCCCGGAGCUGCUGAGGGAACACCUGAACGUUGUGAGGUGGGCCGUGCACGACGAGCUGCAGCGGCUGAACCCUCUGCGCGAGAAGUACAAGAACCUGGCCGGUCUGGUGCCGUCGUACCACCGCCUCGCGAUGGACCGCGUGCACACCCUACUCAAGAGGAUCUCGUCUCCACAACAGGCCUUUGUGCUCCUGGAGUGGCUCUGCAACACUUACUUAAGUCUGGGGUUCAUGGGAAACCCAGACUUCAGUGAGAACAAACAGAGGAGUUCCGUGGACAUGCACUUGUACUCUGCGACGGUCGAAUGCGUCAACCAAGCCCUCCGGACCACACUGGAGGAGGAAGUCAAGAGUUCUCUGGAUGAGAUCAUUAAGCGCCAGGAAUUAGAGUUUUGGAGGUCCUGGGAACUCCACACAGACGUCAUCAAGUGCAUCGAUGGACCGAUUGUCAGAGCGGAGUCCAUCAGUGAGAACGUGCAGGAGUUCACCCGGCAGGUCUGCAACCCCAAACUCCUGGAGUUCCUAGAGACGUUGAACGAGGCCAAACAGAGACUUCUGAAAAGAUACGAGAAAGAUCCCAAGCUGAAAGUGGAGACCUGCCUUAAGACACUCAACACGCUCAACGGCCUUGUGAACUACAUCCAACCCUCCACUGAUGGAGGGACCAGGGACCUCCAAGCGGAGGAGACCCCGUCCUCACCAAGGACAUUGGAGACCGCCGCCAGGACCUCCAUGGGAGAGGCUCUCGUGAAGAUCAUCAAGGAACGCCUGAAUGGACAUUUCAAGAGCAGAGAGGAGGAUUUUCUGCUGAACGAGAUGCAGAAGAUGUUCAGUGCUGUAGGCUGUUGUCCAGACGUCCAGAAGAAGGCUCUUGACCUGGCCUAUGAGCGGGUGAGCACCUUGUACCUGCACCAGCUGGUUGUCACUAAGAAGAAGGAGCUAGAGAAGCGAUGGGGUCGUGACGUGGGUCAGAAAGUGACUCAGGACGCACAACAUCUUCAUAAGACCUUCUCAGACCUGCACCCUGGUGUCAGACAACAGAACCAUGUGCUCCUGAAGGUGGAGGAGCUGAUCCAGAGCCAGGACGUGGACUCAGUGAAGAUCACCCUCUCUGAGAUGCUGCAGCUCUGCCAGCCAGAGAAAGAAAAAAAAAAAACUGUGUUCUGCUCUGUUGGUGUGGAAAGGAGGUCUCUCCGACCAUGAGGUCAAAGAGGUCCUGGCUUGUGUGGAGUAGAAAACGUUUUGAGCUGUGCUGGCUGGAGACAACAUGAAUUUAUGAAAUAGAUGACCCAAGUUCUACUUUAAGACGGACCACCUGGUGGGGACUCUCGUGAUUUUCCUGCUGGUGAUGCUGAGGGGUUUGUCCUUGGAUCUCUAUGCAAAAUUGUAAAUGAUUGUUUUAUUCAGAUGAAAUAUCAGCUUAAAGCAAUGAAUCAAUAAAGAACGCGAUGCAUGCAG